AUUUUUCCAGCAUAUCCCCCACUGACUGUGAAGGUCACCUAGAGGCAGUCAGAGCCUAUGAGGGUGGAAGCAGGCGGGCCAGUUAGAGCGCUGCACAGAACAUGUGGGUCAAGCUGUGCAGGAUACAGUAACGGAUUUAUAAUCUCUCCUUGGACUGAUUGAUGGUUACCAUGAAAUUCGGCCAUCGUCGCCAUCAUGCUUUUCUAAAGCUAAACAAACAGUGAAUCCUCCUUUCUGGAGCAGGAGAAGUCUUGCAAAGAAAAAGGUCACCAAUGUGAUCCCCGUGCAAUGCAGUCCUUUGUUGUAUUGUGAAGACUCCUCUUAGCAUUACUGCUCAACACCAUGUUCUGGGAAAUCCCAUAUUUGAUUCUGCGGAGACUUCGAUCCCGGGUGGAAGACAGUGAUGAAGAUGUACAAUAUGACCACCACCACCGCCAUAGGGAGAAUAACAGGAGAGAGGCUUUAAGAAGAAGGAGGAGGCGAAUAUUCCCUGUGAGAGUAAAUCUAUCUGAAAUUAAUGAACAUGAAAUUAAAACUCGAUACCAUCUUAGUUCCGAUGCCAUCAUGUCCCUAUACGAACUAAUAAAGGACGAUUUAAUCUCCACGACCAAAAGAAGUAACGCCGUUCCAGGCAUUGUCAAACUACUUUGUGCCCUGCAUUAUUUUGCUAGUGGCUCGUUACAGAGCACUGUGGCGGAGGUUGGAGGCAUAACACAAAGCACUUUCAGUCGUGCGCUUUCCGAAGUCAUAUCUGCCAUUCUCAAACUCACUGAUACAUUUAUUAACUAUCCGGAUGAUGACGCGUCUUUGCAGGCUAUUAAAGAAGGCUUUUUUAGAAUUGCCGGAUUUCCAAAUGUAGUUGGUGUAGUCGGUUGCACGCACGUGGCCUUAUCACCUCCGGCUGAAAUUGAACAAAUUUACCGCAACAAGAUGCAUUACCACUCCAUCAAUGUGCAAGUGGUAUGCGCAUCCGAUAUGAAAAUUUUAGACGUCGUGGCCCGUUUUCCUGGAUCGACCCGCAAUUCAUAUAUUUUGAGGCAAUCCGGGAUACGUGAAAGAUUUGAAAAUGGUGAAUUUAAUGGAGGCUGGUUAUUAGGCGAACCGAGCUACGGUGUAAAAUCUUGGCUGUUGACUCCUGUUCGCAGCCCAACCAUAAAGCCGGAAGUAAAAUACAAUAUAGCACACCGCUCAACUCUCUGCGUGGUGGAACGUACAUUUGGCGUUUUAAAAAGCCGUUUCCGCUGUUUGGAUCACUCUGGCGGAGCCUUUCUAUACAGCCCAGAAAAAGUCUGCAAAAUUAUAGUUGUUUGCUGCAUACUGCACAAUAUUGCAAUCAUGAAAAAUAACCACAUGGAAAUCGCUCCCGAUCUGAGACCUGUGGGUGAAAAUCACGAUGAACAAGUAGAUAGUAACACAACAGAAGGGAAAAUGCAGAGGGAACAACUUAUAACAGAUGUCUUUUCAGGUGUUUAACCACAGUACUCUUAGCAAUACCAGUCCAUGAAUCUCUGCCGGGAUGUCCAGUGCUAUUCGUGUAGAUUGCAUGAUCUUAGCCUGUAGUUUUAGAGUAAGAGUGAACAGUGUGUAGCCUUUCCAGCUUUCGAUGGAUUGUUACUCUCCUCACUUACAUUCAGCAGAAGGACGUGGAGAAUUCUAUCCAAUUUCUGGAGAGCACCAAAUUGAUCACCUCGGUUUUUAGACGUAAAUGUUUUAUUCUCCCAACCGUUCCACAACACCCUUUAUUUUUUUUAUUUUUUUUGUUCUGAGGUAUUAGUCAUUUUCUGAAAUGUUUUUAAUUGUAUUAAAUGAUAAUUUUACAUAAUAAAUAUUGUCCUUUUUCUUUAAUGGCUUUUUAGUUUACAGUUCAUGCAUUUUUUGAAUAUCUGUUAUUGUUGUUCCAUCAAAUGUCUUCCAAAUGUUUCAAAUAAAGCCUUAUAGAGACGUUGUGGGAGAAGUGUUUCAAUUCAAGCUAAUCACUUUAUACUCUUGUGGAUACUCCUAUUAUUGUAUGACAAAGUGGUGCUUAACCCUUUCAGGACCAGGAUUUGGCAAACCUAUUGUGACAAUCCUUUUAUAUCACUGGUCAUGAAUUACAGAUUACAGAUGAACACAGGUUAAUAUCAGUGUUCCAUAGAAUGGUUAUCUCGUGUUGCUGUCUUCGCUUGAACUCUGGUCAAUUGGUCUCUAAAACAGUACACUCUUGUCCAAUUUAACCGCUGUUUGCCAGGAAUGAAAAGGGGUGCAUAAGUACUUAAACAUUCAGCUUGUGGCGGUUAUGAUUGUAAUAUUAAAUCUGUGUUCUGUUUUAAAGUUGUUGUAUGAGUGCAUGGGACUGCAUUAUCUGUACAGUUUGAGUAUGUCUUCCUGUGUGGACAUGGGAUAGUUAAUAGGAUGUGUUGUGUAUGUGAGAUCCACUAACCACAAAG